ACCAAGUUUGUCGAUCGUCCGUACAGAAACAAUCACAGCGAUGGCCUGGUUGAAAAUCUUAUCUUAUUACAUUUUGUGCACUGUAAUAGUUGUUACUGCACAGUACAUGGGCGAUUACGAUUUUGAUUUCUAUGAAGAUUUACCAACGGACCGCUCAAAAAGUUUCAAUAAAGAAUACAACAGUAUCGGGCAAGAUGACUUUUACAUUGCAAACAAUCUCGAUGACACAGAGAAUCAAGAUGGCACGUAUCUUAGUUCAAAUUACGCUGUUUUUAGAAACAGUAUCGAUUCUUUUGAAAGGAGUCUCUUCGAUAAGCAGUUUAACUGGUACAAACUGUCUGAGAAAGUUUAUAGAUACACCAAGCAUCGAAUUUCCGGAUACGAUUGCGAUGAAUUUGAUUAUAUGCGUUCAAGGAAGAUUCAAGAGUGCGACGACAAAUCGAUUUGGAUGCAUUGUCUUUGCCAAUUCACAUGUUCGAAGCCGGAUGAAGUGGACUGUUACACACCGUGCAGAAGUGGAUGUGAAUGCAAGGAAGAGUACGUUUUUGACGAGAAAGCACAAAGAUAUCUGUUACCCGAGGAAUGUUCGAUAGAAAAUUACAAUUACAAUUACUAAAUUUUAUAUUCUCAUUCUUAACAUUCAUUAAACUACUCUUAUGCUACUAAACUGCGCCGAAUAAUUUAUCAUGUCAUAAAAGCA